AUGGCCACCACCACUGACAACAGCAAACCUUUGGAAGAAACUGUCCUGCGUCGCCCUGUUCGUUUUGCUCCUUCUAAUAGGGUAGUCCCAGUUUUCGACCCUCAGGAUUGGGUGAAUAAGUCUUUUGGCAACCAAAACUUGGAGUUAGAAAUGGCUCUGAGUCUUGAGGCUUAUGACCUCUGUUCUUUAGUGACGCUGUCUCUGGCCAAACUGAUUCCUAAUUCAAGUGUAGAAGGUGGUCAGGGAUGGCUGAGAAGUCAAGGCUGUUCCCUGGUCGUUCAAGGCAACCACAAGAGCCGUUUGUUGGACAACCUGCUCUAUAUCAACUUAUUUGCCAUAGGCAAAUAA